UUUGCGAGCAGAUGAAAUUCACGAUAGCCAACCAAAUGAAAUAGGAUGGGGAUGAUUUUAAAAUUUAAGGAUAAAGUUGCUGUGAAAAGUUAUCCUGCCGUAAAGUUAGGACCUAAAUAAUAUUUCUGAUGAUAUUAAUUGAGAAGUUUUGAUUCGGAAGUGAUAUGUUGCAAAUUAAAUUCUCCGUUUAAUGUUUUUACAGGGACAAUGAAGAAAUCAGGUUGUCAGUUUUGACCAAAUGCGACAUCUGCGGAGCUUUGUUUCUAAAGGAUUUAGUGGAAGUUUUUUGCACUUUAUAAUUGUUAUUUGUUAAGUUCCAUAUAGAACACAUAGGUUCAGUACAGAGACUUGAGUAGGACCAUAAAGUGUUUUUUCUUGGGUGUAGAUCUGUACUUACAUUACUUUUAAACUUUUGGAAAGUCCUCAAGAAUGGUAGGCUUGGCUGGCGGUGGACACCUCUACAACCCUGCGGCAACAGCAGAAGGUUUGGUUUUUCUGUGAACAAUCAUUUAAUGAGAAACGCGUUACUUUGAAGAUUUCCGUGUUAUGAGAAUGUGAAAACAUGUAACUGCAAAUAUAUUUAUAGUGACAAUAAUUUUAAAGUAUCUUACAUAAGGUAAAUGUGAUAACUCAUUAAAACUGUAAUAUUCAAGAUUAGUGGAAUCUUUUCUCCUACACUCAACCAGUUUGAAGUAGGCCUAGGAAGACAUAAGGUACAAGAGAUGACGGCCAUGACAUCAAAUGCUCCGACAUCUGCAGAUGCAUGUCUUAGUAUUGUGCACAGCCUCAUGUGUCAUCGUCAAGGUGGUGAAUCAGAAGGGUUUGCCAAGCGAGCUAUUGAAAGUCUAGUAAAGAAGUUAAAGGAAAAGCGUGAUGAACUGGAUAGUUUAAUAACAGCUAUUACAACCAAUGGAGCUCAUCCAAGCAAGUGUGUAACUAUACAGCGAACACUGGAUGGCAGGCUUCAGGUUGCAGGACGCAAGGGAUUUCCACAUGUCAUCUAUGCACGGAUAUGGCGAUGGCCAGAUCUGCACAAGAAUGAGUUGAAGCACGUGAAAUAUUGCCAGUUUGCAUUCGACUUGAAGUGUGAUUCAGUAUGUGUAAACCCAUACCACUAUGAACGUGUGGUAUCACCAGGAAUAGAUCUGUCUGGGUUGUCUCUACAAUCUGGACCAAGUCGGUUGGUGAAAGAUGAGUACUCUGCUGGUGUGGUGGGAGGUAGUGGCAUGGAAGUGGAUGGAGAUGUAGGAGUGAGUCAUACUGUACCACAAACAAUACAGCAUCAUCCUCCCCCACCCCAGUUCUCUCUCGGCCUACAGCAGCAACAGACAGCAGGUGACUCGGUUACUCUGUUUGGAGCUCCUGGGGCUGGGCGGAACACCAAGAUGGAGCCACCACCACCAGAUACCUGCCCACGAUCCACAUGGGUGCCUACUAGGCUGUCACAUUCUUCUGGUUCUGCUGGUCAUGGUUUGGUGCAUACAGUUGCAUCUCCUACAAGUGGCACACCAAAUACAAUGACUUCCCAGCAGGCUUCUAUGACCUCUUCACAAUCCACAGUUGUACCAGGUCCCAUGGUAUCCCCCACACAAACAUCAAGUACACCUGGGCCAGGUUCCUUCUUUGGAGCAGACAGUUUGUCAUCUGGUGGGGACACAAAAGCUGUGCUUGCUGCAUCACUCAGUAGUAGCCAGCAACAGAGCCCCACAGCUGCACCACUCUCACCUCAUCUGCAGCAGAAUGGCUUCACGAACUCUGGUACACUUAGUAAUACAUCACCAAACCAACAACAGCAGCAGCAACCAUUUACUGGAGCUCAGGGAACUUGGACUGGUAAUAAUACUCUGACUUAUACCCAAAGUAUGCAGCCACCUGAUCCUCGUUCACAUCACCCUGGAUAUUGGGGCCACAGUGCAGCUCAGCUUGGCUCAGAUGUUGCUCUAACAGGUUUGCUGUCAACUCAGCCUGCACCAGAGUAUUGGUGUUCCGUGGCGUACUUUGAGUUGGACACACAAGUUGGUGAAACAUUCAAGGUGCCAUCCUCAUUACCUAAUGUGACAGUAGAUGGUUAUGUUGAUCCUUCAGGAGGCAACCGGUUCUGCCUGGGAGCACUUAGCAAUGUACAUCGCACAGAACAGAGUGAAAAGGCUAGAUUACACAUUGGUAAAGGUGUGCAGCUGGAUUUAAGAGGUGAAGGAGAUGUAUGGUUGCGCUGUCUCAGUGACCAUUCGGUCUUUGUACAAAGUUACUACCUGGAUCGAGAAGCUGGGCGGGCUCCUGGUGAUGCUGUGCAUAAGAUCUAUCCAAGUGCAUAUAUCAAGGUAUUUGAUCUUCGGCAGUGUCAUCGGCAGAUGCAGCAGCAGGCCGCAACUGCUCAAGCAGCAGCAGCUGCCCAAGCUGCAGCUGUGGCAGGCCAUAUCCCAGGACCACACUCUGUUGGUGGCAUUGCCCCAGCUAUCAGUCUGAGUGCGGCAGCAGGUAUUGGUGUGGAUGACCUGCGGAGGUUGUGUAUCCUAAGGCUUAGUUUUGUGAAAGGCUGGGGACCUGACUACCCCAGACAAUCCAUCAAAGAGACUCCCUGCUGGAUUGAGGUACACUUACAUCGUGCUUUACAGCUGCUGGAUGAGGUUCUUCACACGAUGCCAAUUGACGGGCCUCGAGGCAUAGAGUGAAUGUGAGAUGUACUUCUAUACUCAAACUGACAUAAUGCACUGCCAUAUGUAUUUAUACUCAUCACACUGAAUCAUGACAUGUGAUGUUAUUGACAGUAGAGCAGUCUCAUUUGUUGGUAGGGGUGGGAGUGAUAGGGCUUUUUCAGUUGUUAUAAUUUUUAUUUAAUAUUACUGACAUUAGCCUUUAAAAUAGUGAUUUUUCUCUUUCUUCCAGUUCAGUGUAAAGGUUUUCACCAUAAAAGAUGUUGUUUGGAACUAUGUUCUUUGAGACACAAACUUCAUACAUUUUAUAUGUAUGAGUAUGGGAUUGUGGCUGUUGCCAUUUCUUACUCCAUUUCUAUUCUCUUCAGUCAUGCCAGUCUCCUUGAAAUCCCAUACGUUACAUGGUUCCUUGACAUUUUCCUUCCAUCUUCUCUUUCGUCUACCUUCCUACUUUUUGUACACGCCCAAUUGUAUCUUAUUUGCCAGUCUAUUUCCCCUAUCCUCUGCAAGUGUCCACACUAUAUAUUCACUACUUUCAUCAGUCAAUCCUUCCACUUCCAUUUUCUGCCUCGUUUCAUUAUGAUUUAAUUAAUUGAAAUAAGGAACAAAAGUUGAAAUCCUUCUGAAUUGAAGUGUGUGGGAACUGGAAGUUGCAGUGAAUGGUUUGUUACAUCACAUGGUGUUAGAAUAUGAAUUUUAUAUGAGUUUGAAGACUUGCAGAUAGUUAUAGUUCAGUCUGUUCAGAAGAUACAUUGGACAUUAUUUUUGCCCAUAAUAUGAAUUGUUAGUGUUACUGACUUAAAGGGUUACUUAAACAGCAUUGUUCCGUAAGUGCAGCAUUCUGUACGUAGAUAUGUGCCAUGUCUAUUACUCUAAUAAUUUUUUUAAGUUGUUCAGUACAGAUGAAAUCUGUGUUGUUAUGAUUAAUAGUUUUAUGUUAAUCAGAAUGUACGAGUGAGCCUGAGAGAAUGAUACCUAGGAGACUUAUAGAUACAGCAUUUUUGCUGUCCCUUUUCUUAAUAUUGACUCAUUUGCAAAGGAGUAUUGACAUAACCAAAAUUUAGUUUUAUCAUGAUUACAGUGAAACCUCUA